AUCGCCAAACACAUCCCAGAACUGGAUCCGAAAGCGGAAAUACUCCUGCUAUUAGGAAGAGAUGUUAUCCAGGUACACAAGGUUAGGCAGCAGAUCAAUGGACCACUCAACGCCCCCUUCGCGCAACGUCUGGAUCUGGGCUGGGUGGUGAUAGGAGAGGUGUGUCUCGGUGACGUACACAAACCGAUGGUUAACACACUCAAGACCAAUGUGCUAGAGAGUGGCCGCCAUUCAAUCUUUCAACCCUGCCCGAGUGUCCCGUGCAUCAAGGAAGCACAACAAGGCGUUAACAAGCGCGAGGCAAGCGACGAGUCGCUGGGCCAGUCAGUCUUCGCUCUAACGAAGUAUGACGACAAACUUGCACAAUCAGCUCAAGAUACCAUUUCUUUAAAAACCAAAGACACCAAGGUCUUCAGAGAUGAAGCAAAUAAUGGGGUUGCCCCAUUGCCAAUCAGAGAACCACGCCAGCGCUCACCAGAUAACAAAGAGCAGGCAGUCAAACGGUUCACGUCCUUACGGAAAACCCGGAAAAGGAAACCUGAGAUGCAGCAACGCACCCGAUUGGCCCACGAGGUACUGUGCACCCUAAUGGCAGAGGUCACAGCCAUUAUAAACGCACAAUCAUUCCUACCUGUGUCUUCUGACCCAGAAAACCCCUUUAUACUUUCGCCAUCAACGCUCCUUACGCAGAAGGCAGGAGCACCUCCUCCACCAGGAGACUUCUCAGACAAGGAUUUGUACACAAAGCAAUGGAGACAAGUCCAGGCUCUGGCAAAUCAGUUCUGGUCCCGCUGGAGACAGAAAUAUCUACCCUCGUUGCAACAGAGACGAAAGUGGACAGAACCCCGUAGGAAUCUUCAAGUUGGAGACUUAGUCCUGCUCAGGGACAAGCAAGUCGCUCGCAACAGCUGGCCAACGGCCAGAAUCACUGCUACAUUCCCUAUCGAGGAUGGACAUGUCAGGAAGAUCGAAUUGAAGACUACCGACCAAGGCGAUGUGAAAAAUUUACCAAGGGCCAGUUACAGAAGUUAUUCUACUUCUACCCAAUGACUGAUUAAGAGACUAAGUUUUGUACUCUGCUCAUUGUGACCUUACGAAGGUCAAGCGGGGAGUGUGCUAUCUUUACGACAGUUAUUUAGUUUAUAAUAUUUUCGCUUAGUAAUUCAUUCAAUAGUAUUUUCUAGUUAGAAUUAGAAGUGUUUAAAGUGUAUUCAUUGCAUGUAAAAUAUAUCGGCAUGCGAUGACGUCACAUCCGGUUUCGCCGCGUCUUGUGGGAAAACACCGGUUUGAAAUCAGCGCGAGGGUGGGGGCUUUCCACGAGGCACACCUGAGCACAAGCAGUUUUGCAGGCAUGAGAAAUCACAGUGAGAGCAACGCUUUUUCACCAUAUGUUAAUGUGAAGAGUGAACAGUAAAUGGUUAAUCUUACUGCGAUCUGGUUCUUAUUAACUGUGGUUUAUCCGGACGUUAAAUUCGGCGUUUCGUUACACCCGAAGGAG